AUGGCAAGUGAAGUGCAAGUCCGGCUCUCCGCAUUGAAAGGGGGGCAUCCUCCUGCAGUGAAAGCUGGAGGAAAGCGAAUUUCCAAAAAACAAGAAAUUGGCCUCUUGGAGAGACACACCAAGAAAACGGGAUUAGAGAAAACAAGUGCCAUUGCAAAUGCUGCCAAAAUACAGACGAUGGAUGCCCUGAACCAUACGCUGGAGAAGCUCAGCCAUAAAUUUCCAGCAAUAAUGCACAUGGCACAUGAAAAACCCAGACCUGCUCUGGAGAAGGUCACUCCACUGAAAAGGAUCUACAUUAUUCAACAGCCUCGAAAAUGUUAA